GAUAUGCAAACCAGCAGCGCGCCAUGGCGGCGGCCAUGGAAGAGGAACCCCUGGAGUCCCCGGAACCGGCGGCGCGGGAGCCGCGAGUGCGGGACACCCCCGAGGACAUUUGUCUGGAGGCCACGGCCAACGCCAUCGCGCUGCACCCGACGCGGCCGCUGCUGGCCGCGGGGGACGUGGAUGGCGACGUGUACCUGUACUCGUACUCGUGCACCGAGGGGGAGAACCGGCAGCUCUGGUCCUCGGGACAUCACCUCAAGUCGUGCCGGGACUUGGCGUUCUCCCAGGACGGGCAGAAGCUUUUCACUGUGUCCAAGGAUAAGUCCAUCCACAUUCUGACAGCGGAGGAGGGACGGUUGGAAACGCGCUUCCCCAAGGCCCACGAAUCGGCCCUCAACUGCGUGCUGCCCAUCGACAACCACAUCUUUGCCACGGGCGAUGACGGCGGGGCAGUGAAGGUGUGGGACCUGCGCAGGGGCAGUGCCAUCCUGGAGGCACGACAGCAGGAAGAAUAUAUCAGUGCCAUGACCGUGGAUGGCAACGGGAAGAUCCUACUGACAGCCAGUGGUGAUGGCACCCUGGGUGUUUUCAACGUGAAGAGACGGCGCUUUGAGCUGCUCUCAGAGCCACAGAACGGGGACCUGACAUCUGUGGUGCUGAUGAAGAGGGGGAGGAAGGUGGCGUGUGGCUCCAGCGAAGGCACCAUCUACCUCUUCAACUGGGAUGGCUUUGGGGCUGCCAGCGACCGCUUUGCACUCAGGGCAGAGACCAUUGACUGCAUGGUGCCCAUCACGGACAGCAUCGUGUGCGUGGGGUCCCUGGAUGGAGUCAUCAGGGCGGUGAACGUGCUGCCGAACCGCGUGCUGGGGUGUGUGGGGCAGCACCUGGGCGAGCCCAUCGAGCAGCUGGCCGUGGCCGCGGACGGGAAGCUCCUGGCCAGCAGCGGCCACGACCAGAAGGUGAAGUUCUGGGACGUGUCGGCGCUCGGCUCCAUGGUGGUCGAUGAUUACCGCCGGAAGAAGAAGAAGGGCGGGCCGCUGCGCGCCCUCAGCAGCAAGGCGCUGGGCAGCGGGGAGGAUUUCUUCGCCGACCUGCGGGACGAGGCCGAGGCCGAGCCGGAGGCGGCGGAGGAGGGCGGUGACAGCGGUGACAGCGACUGAGCGGCCGCGAGGGGCCGGAGCCAUCGCCUCGUCAGCGCUGCGUAGGGGCGGGGCCAUUCGCGUCAAUCUCGCGGGACGCGACCAAUCAGAGCCCAAUACGCAGGGAGCGCCCUCCUGAGGGGCGUGGCCUUGUAAUGCUAUCACUGCUGGCGGGCAGGACGCUGGUGUUCUGAUUGGCUCCUAGGGCUGCCAGUCAAACUAAGCCGUAAGCGCGGUCUUAAAGGGGCAGCGCGCGU